UUGGGAGUUUUCUGGGGCAAAUUUACGAGUAAAAGCCAAGAGCUAGGUUAUUUCGAUAUAUAUCGACACAAAACACCAGAGAACAAAGCGGAGACUUUCUGAAGCAUACGUUACAAAUGGAGGCGAUGCCGUUUCAGUCAGUGGAAAUUGGGUUAUGUUUCUUUGUUUAAAAUAUACCUAACCGUGUGUUUGUUUUACCCUUGGAUGACAUGAAGUGAAGUAUUGUGCUACAUCAGAAAUUCGUUUUGGCUGAGCCAUGGCAGACUCAGCUGAAACUGAGCCCCAGUGGACAGUUAGUUGGGUGACAGAGGACGAUGAUGAAGAAGAUGAGGAAGAAGAAGCAGUCCCAGGGGCUGGAGUUGAUGGGGAGGUCAUAUUUGGAGUCACGUCAGACUGUAUUCAGUUGCCGCAAGACCAGGUAGUUGUAACCUCAGCGGGCCUAAGUGGUCUAGCUGGAUUAGCAGGAUUGACAGGUUUGAAACCGUCUCCUGUAUUUUUGGAUGAUGCCCACCAUGAAGUUGUUGUCGGUGGAGAUGUAAGUCUCUUAAAUGUAAUUGCUGGAGGAGACAUUGUUAGUGGUGAACAAGUUAUAACUGGUGAUCAGAUAGUCACAGAUGGGGAAGUUAUAACCGGCGGAGAUAUUAUGUCAGGGGACGAUGUUAUCACUGGUGAAGAUGUCAUCACAGAAAGUGAAAUAAUGACUGGAGAAGAAGUUAUCACUGGAGGAGAUUUAGUAGAUGGGGAAACUGUUGUGGAUUCUUCUGGAGGUCAAUACCAGUAUCAAGACCCUGAGCUCUUUGGUGUUCAAGUUAUUGAAGAAGAGGUCAUCAGUGAAGCAUGGGAAACUGGACAAACAGGCCAUGAUGGUCAAGUUUUAGUCUCUACAGUCAAUGUUCAAUCAGAGUGGGGAGAGGCUGGAACAGAAGAUGAUAUGUUAGUACCCCUGCCUCAAGACCAACAAACUGGGGCGAGCCAAGUUAGACCAUAUCCCUGUGACUUUUGCUCUCGCCGAUUCUCUAAAAAAGCAAAUCUUAUGAAUCACAUGGUUGCUCACCAAGUGGAGCGCCCUUAUGGUUGCAAUUUAUGUGGUGCAAGAUAUCGUCGUAAAUGUGAUUUGCACAACCAUUUGAAGAUACAUGCAUACGCUCCUGAAGCAGCAGAGCAACAGGAGGAAGAUGAGGAUGAUCCAAUGUCCCCCCCACACAGUUUAGACACUCGCAUGGUUGGGAGACAAAAACAGGUUCCUGGACCUCCAAAACGAAGGCGUGUUGCUGAAAGCUUUGGUGAACCAGCUGAACCAAGAGGCAAAAAGAAACCUGGCAAGAAACCUGGUAAACCUAAGGGAGCUGGGCCGGGGCGUAAGAAACUCAUUGCUGGCGAUCGGCAGCCCCGCUCUUCUUACGUUGAUGAAGAUAUGCGACUCAUGACCGAAUUAGCUUCACGCGGUGGUGGAGAUGAGUCCAAUGGCUACUACAUAAAUGGGGCAGUUGAGGAACAGAAAGCACCUGAGCCUAUUCCGCCUCAGUGGCCUGUCACUGAUCCUAGUCGCCCUUAUGUGUGCCAGCAUUGCGGAAUUGGAUUUGCUCGAGCUAAAGCACUUGGAUCUCAUGCAAGAAUUCAUGCUGGUGAUAGUCCAUUUGAAUGUUCAUCAUGCGGAGAAAUGUUCUGGGAUGUACAUUUGCUACGUGAGCAUACCAGGCUGAAACACCCUGGUGCAGGUGUAAAAGUUGAACGUGAGGAGGAGGAAGAGGAGAUCACUGAUCGUCCAUAUACAGGAGAUGAGCGUUUUGGCAACUUUAGAUGUCAGACUUGCGGUCUUGAGUUCCACAGACAGGAUCUCCUUAAGAAACAUGCUAGGUUACACAUGAAGAUGGACAUGGGUCCUCCUGAACCAGAAAUGGAAGGUGGAUCUGGUCGAGUUUACUCUUGUGGAGUCUGUGGUCAAUCAUAUAGCUCUCGAAGAGCUCUUCUGGCCCACACAGAGUCUCACUCUCGCUAUCAGCCUCAUCGCUGCAUGUUGUGCGGUCAAGGUUUCCCAGAUGACCAAUUGGUUGCUGCCCAUGUGCGUGAGAGACAUGCUGGUGCUAUACCAGCCAAUGCUUGCCAACUGUGUGGAAAAACUUGUAAGGAUCGUAGGGCUCUUCAGAAACAUUCUUGGGUUCACUCAUCAGAACGAUCAUACUCUUGCCCUAAGUGUGACAAGCGUUUCCAUUCUAGAGCAAGGCUUCGAAGACAUAUGGUUUCUCACCGUGAACGAGUUCUUACUUGUGCUGAGUGUGGCGCUACCUUCCCUGAUGGGCGGUCUCUUGUAAAUCACCGCUUGGCUGUACACAGUCAAAGAGAUGCCGCGGGUCGCUUGUUUCAAUGCCGCGACUGCGGCAAAACCUUCGGAUCCCGGAGUAGUCAACAAAUCCAUAUUCGGAUUCACACUGGAGAACGACCCUAUGCUUGCCGCUUCUGCUGGAAAGCUUUUGCUGAUGGCGGAACACUCCGCAAACAUGAACGCAUCCAUACUGGUGAAAAGCCAUAUGCUUGCCCAAUUUGUCCAAGAGCAUUCAAUCAAAGGGUUGUGUUGAGGGAACAUAUCCGAGCUCAUCACUCAGGGCCCGACCCAAAGCAUGGAGCAGGCGGUGGAGGGUAUGUUUGUAAAGUUUGUGGAAUGGCACUUAUUACUUCAGAAGAUCUUUGUUUGCACUUGGUGAAGCAUUCAGAUGAAAAUACUGCUCGUCAUCGUAAACCUGCUCUUGCUCCUCGCAAGUACAAGAGGCGACGUAGGCUAAAGCCCCAUGAAAUGGAAUAUGGUAAUGAUGGUUCACCUGAUGAUCCUGAUUCAGAUGCGUCCACAACAGGGGGUAGAAAAUUAAUUAAGCCUGAACCAGAUUAUGAUUCAGUUGUUCGAACAUUUGAUGCUGCCAUGGAUACCAUCAAUUCCAUGGUAGGUAGGACCAAAGUAAAGAAGAAGCGUAAGAUGAAACACACAGGACCUCCAGCUGAUCUGCACGAACCCGGCUCCAGUCUGGUUGAGCCACCUGCUCUUCUCGGUCCUCAAUCAAGAAUAGAUGAUAAUGGAAUGAGGUCACCAAGUGCUAUCCGAAUUAGGCCAAGAAUAAAGAAUGUUUCAGCUGCUCAACGAACUCCUGUAAGGCCUCCUAAAGCAACUAAGUCAUCACCAUCACCGAUGUCUCCUCCUCUUGCUCCACCUCCAUUAGAAGACCAUCUGCUCUCUUCACCGCCCCCACCACCAACACCACCACCACCUUCAACAACUGAGGAUCCAUUUAAAGUAAGAAAAGGGCCAAGAACUAAAAAUGUCAACUACCAUCAUGAAAAGAGACCAGCCAAACCCCCUCCAGCUAAGUUUCCAAAAGAGCCAAAGACUCCUAAGGUUCGAGGUCGAAAGCCCAUACGGAAGCCCAAGUUUCUUACUCAGAAUGGAAUGCAAGAUAAGAAAGCAGCUGCUAGUGCUGAAACAACAGUUUAUGUAGAGAGUGUAAAGGUUGAACCUGUUGCACAAGUCAAAGAAGAAGCAAAGGAAGAAUUUAAAUGUGAAAUCUGUGGGGAAAUUUUCUACACUAGACCUGAGUUGCUGUUUCAUGUUUCUAUCCAUAUUUAAUGCUUUGUAUGUAGUGAGAAGUCGAGAGCUAUUUUUAGUCCCUUGUUUGUGUGACUUUCUUUAUUUUCCUCUGUCACUGUAUUUCUUAGUUUUCAUUAGAUGUAUAGAUCUUAUCUGUAAAUAACUAUUGAAAUACAAGGGAAGAGACUUUUGUAGUAUGUUUUACUCGGUUCAGUUUUAAUUUUGAAGUUCUAUACACUUGUCUGACUUGUCUUCUUACAAGUAUCUUUUAUGUAAGUGGCGAUGGGACUUCAUGAAGGUGUCAGUGCAAACAUUCCUUUCGUCACUACACUCCUGUAUUGUGGAUUUUGCCCAGGCAUUGUGUUUGUGUGUUAUGUAGUACAACUUUUAUAAAUUGUUGUAAAUCUUGUGAGAAAAAUAGAAACGAGGUUAAUGCUGGUAUGAAUCAAUUCAGUACCUGCCUCAAAAUAUUAUAUCUAUCUUAUAUUUUAUUUUAGGCCUUGGUUGUUAAUCUUACUGUUGUGUAUAUAAACAUUUAGAGUUUGAGGUGAAUAUAAAAAUGUUUUAUUGUGGGAAACUGCUUAACAUACACCCACUAAUUUGUGCUGCUUAUGAAAUUAUAUAUUGCACUUACAAGAAGGCACUAGACACUAGAUAGUAGGUAUAGUUAAUAUCAGGACUUGAUCCAUUUAAAUCUUAUUGGAUCUCAUUGUUUACUUUCUCACUUGUUUUCAUAGUGGUAUGAACCAGAGAAACUACACUGUUGCACUGUGUCUGGUCCAUAAAUACUUUAGUUGCCUCUUAUUUAUUAGGUUGUGUACGCCUAUGUCUUGUACAAUAUGCAGGUGAACUUUCUCAUGUUUGGAACUAUGUAUAUAUUAUACAUUUCUUUUUGUUAGUACAACUCUUAGCUUUUACCUUUGUACAGUACGUUUACUCUUUCUAUUCUUGAUUGCUCUACACCUGCAGUGUGUUUCUAUUACCCCUCAUUUCAGACAGCAGAACCAGACUUUUUUUUUAAAUCUAAAGUUUACUCUGUGCCACAUUUUUAUCAAGCAGUUAGAUUUUUCUGAAUCUAUUUGUUGUUUUGUAACAGAAGCUUUGAUUUUGUGCAUAUGUGGGCUAAGAGUCUGCAUUUACUCUCUUGGGUAGAGAAUGGAGUGGUCUCCACUUCAAUAAAUGCAGGUGUUAACAAUCUGCACAUCAUAGUCUGCACAUUAGCCUUUAAGCUUCAGCAGGUUUUAUUUUUCAACAAAUUGUAACUUUGUAGAUUAUUGCAUGUUGAAUGCCUCUUGAUUAUGAUAACUAUUUAGUCCAUGGUAUUUCAAAAUUUCAAGUAAUUUCUUGUAAAAUUUCUAGUUGAUUUUACAUCCUGUAUACACUAUUCUUGUUCAAAUAGUUCCUUUCUUUUGCUGUAAACAGGUUCAGGACUCAGUGUGGCAAUUACUUAAUGAGUUUCCUGAAUUUAAGUGUUUGGCUCUGAUUCAACUCUGAAGAUUUAAUAAAUAUUGAUUAUGCUAAGUUUAAACACAAUGUACCUUUAGCUUGCAGAUUGUCUUAUUCAUUAACAAUAAAUGUGCUAAUUCAACUCA